GCUUUGUUGAGGUCGUAGAAGAAGAACAGUUGGCUCUAUUGCUGGCUGACGUUUGUAGUCAUUCCAAACAGGACAGCUGGCUGAAGAAAGACGGGAUAAACAGGAGGACAACAGGAGGCACGACAGUAGUAACGCUUCUAGUGUCUGCCAUCAUGUUGUCUGAUGGAUGCUCAUUCAUGAAGGGGAUGCUAUUGGGAGGCGUCUUCUGCUUGGUGCUGUCACUCCUGGGCAGCUUUAAUUUCAGCCCUGAGUCCUCGACAGAAGACCACCAUCAUCACCAUGUUUACGCUCCCACUAAAGACGAGCUGAAACACCUCUCUGACAGUCGAGUGGAGGAGUUGAAGAAUCAAGUGCGGGUCUACUGCAUCAUCAUGGUACAGCCCAAGACUCUUGUGUACUGGGCCACCGUUUUGGACACUUGGAGCAAACACUGUGACAAUGCUGUGUUUUACACCUCAGAGAGCUCCAAGGCACUUGAAGCGGUAGACCUGAAUGAAAAAGAUGACUGGGCGAGGUUGCGCAAAGCUCUCAUCCAUGCGUAUGAGAAUGCCGGGGACCUGCGCUGGUUCUUUGUGGCCCAACCCACCACAUUCGCCAUCAUUGAGAAUCUGAAAUAUCUCAUUCUCGCAAAGGAUCCCAAUGAACCUUUCUACCUGGGAAAUGCUGUCAAGUCAGGAGAGCUCGAGUAUGUGGAGUAUAGCAGUGGGAUUGUACUAAGCUAUGAAGCUCUGAAAAGGCUGAUGACCAUGUUCAAAGAUGAAAGCCAAUGUCCUGAAAGAACCCACACGCUGUGGACGAUGGGUGAAGACAAGCAGCUGGCGUUGUGCCUGAAAUAUGCCGGUGUGUUUGCGGAAAAUGGCGAAGAUAGACAUGGCAAGGGCCUGUUCAACAAGCAGAAUGUGGUCAGCAUGGUAAAACAGAGCAUGCAGGACAAUCCCACUGAUGUAGUGGAGGGCUGUUGCCCUGACAUGGCGGUCACGUACGGCGAGAUGUCCCCAAAUCAGAUGCACGUCAUGAUGUUUGGAGUUUACAGACUUCGUCCUUAUGGGCACGACUUUCAUGAUUGGAUAACGUUUUAUCCCCCUAAAGAUUCGGACAACGAUUAGAGCUUCAGUUCUUCAAGCUUUAUGUGGUAUUUUAACUGUGGUGCUUCUAUGACAGAACACUUAACUUUGGGGAGAUGUUUUUUCUAAAGCUGUUUAUAAAACUGGAUCCUGGGUAGGAUGAACCUUUUUUCUGUAAAUUUGUACCUUUUGCACUUGGCACAAUCAGUAGCCCAUUCCUUUACUGCGUGAUCAAAUAGGAGUUUCAUCCUUACAAGGCAGAUCAAGACAGGUAACAUAUCAAAAAUGUGUCCUCUCCAUAGCUUAGUUACCGUUGUAUGGUUAUGUAUUUUUAAUGUCUUCUUUCUGGUCUUAAAGGUAUGAAGUAAUGAGAGUUUAAUUAUUUAACUCUUUAGAAGUGAACAAGUUCUAUUUUUUUUUUUUUUUUUUUAAUGAAUCACCUUUCUAAUUUAAAGAUUGUAUUGGAGCACCAAUAAUCAGUAUUGAGCCAAUUAUUGUGCAGUCCAGCUCUAAGUUUACUACACUUUUUUCUUCUUCUUCUUUGGCAAUGUUAUACUUGGUUAUCUCACCAUAUGAAGACAUUGUAAAUAAACAAAUUAAAGCCUAUCUUGGUGUUAAAACAAAUUUCUUUUAAAAUCACAUGGUAGUCAAGGUGAAUGGAUAAGGUGACUUUUGUAUAAUAAAAACAAAAUAAAAAAUAAUUAUUAGACAAACUUAA